AUGGCAGCAACACCGUUCGAUGCUCCUCUCCCGGGCUCAUCCUUCUUCGACAUUUACACUGAUGGCGCUCCUCAGCGCUCCCCAGUCUCUCUUCCCGGAGGAGGCUGCAACUACGUGGACUUGACGCCCGGCGCCAAUGGAGCCAAAUGUGGAUGCCGUCGUUUUUGGAGUCGCUUUGCCGCAGGGAGAGCAUACGCAGAUACCCUGGGCGCUGACAACUCCGUGUGGUGCAUGUGCUCCCAUCAUGCUUGCUAUCACGACGAUGGCGGUCACGCUGGGAGCGAAGCGCCGGCGCCUGCGCAGACUCCCACCGCCGUCAAUGCGCCCGCGCUCUUCGCCGCGCCCGUUGCCCACAUCGCCGGACAGGAGAAUGAGAAGCCGAGGAUUUCCAGGGAACCUCUCAGCCCGGUCCAGAUGCCCGAGAUGUCUUUCCGCAUGCCCGCUGGAUUUACCCCGACCAUGGAGUUUAUGAACCUGGAUGCCGCCAUGGCGAUGCCCCCUAACAAGCCCGAGGAACCACCCAGGCCUCGGUCUCUGGACCAACCCAGCCAGCGCCCGGAGUCUUCUUUACAGGAUACGUUACCCUGGGGCGAUUUCAUACAGUCCCAGCCUGGAACUAAUACCACGUUGCCGCCGAUACCAGCUCAAUGUCUAAUGCCAUCUCAGGCCAGCUCCACCACCUCCUCCAGCCAGGCCCGCUACCUUCGUCCCUUUGCCGGAAGGGGUCUUCAGACACUAAGUGGUGUUACUCCUAAUCCCAGGACACCGCGAAAGGACAGAUUCCAGGAUGCUGGAUUCACGUUUGCUCAGCCGGAUUGCCAGUCUACCAAGGAUGAUGGCGCAACUAUUCCUCACAGUGACAGCGGCGCAGAGACACCUAGAGCGCAGUCCCCAAGACCCGUGGAAAAAGUCGACGCCUUGUUUGCAGGACCGUCCCGCGAAACAUUCCGCCAUUUAUCAGAUACCGUUCAGGGACAUGAGAGCCGCCUGGAAAAGUUGGAGAAUGUUUCCUUCUCUGCAGCUGGACAUGAUGAAUGCCAUGACAAGCAUGAUGCUGUCGACCUUCGUGUCACCGAUCUCGAGGUGCGCAUGGAGGAGGUUGAGAAGGUCAUGAACGAUACCAGCAGUCUUGUCGGCCGUCGCGACCGGCAGAAUGUCGAUGAGUCGACCAACAGUGUCGUCUCCGUCGCGACAAGCACAACAUCCCGCGCCGCCCACGCACAUGAGAUGCUCACUCAGAUCCAAACCUUACAAUCACAGCUCUUCCAGCUUCAGUCGCAAAUACCGUCACCAGCCCGGCCAUGGGAGGUUGAAGUUGUCUUCAUGCCAUUUCCUCUCAAGCGCAUCUGGCAAGAGCUUCAAGAUUUCAAGGCUGACGUUCACUCUAGCUUGGAUGAGUGGACACAGCUACCCAACACUAACAGCGGUUUGACAAUGAGGGCCCAGUCGCCCUUCUGCGCGGAAUGGGCCGCUCCGGGGCAUGACCACGAAUGGCUCAUGGCCAAGGCGUGCGGCCCAACGAGCGUCAUCGACAGACGACUUAGGAGUCGCGGCCUCAUACGGACCAUAUCCAUCAAAGGCACCGACGCCAGGAGCGUCCAGGCAGCCAUGCAUGCUGCCUUCUCCAACACGUUUACCGACUUUUCGGUCGCUACGCCAUCACCUUCUCGCCGGCGGAGCUUUGAUGGGAAGGCCGAUCGCUUCUUGGGCCUGCAGCAAUCGUGGGUGCCUCUCCGCAAGGUCCACAAAGAUUCUCGCCUCCGUUUCUUGACGCCAGCAGAGAUGAUCACUCCCGCUAUAUGGGACGUAUCGUUCCUCCACUCUGUCGUCAUGCGCUCCUCUGAGCCUCGUCUGUUUAUCACUCAGCCUGAAGCUUACCUGCAGGACUUGCAGGCGUUUGAGUCCGGCUGGACUUGGCAACGUCUUCGGGAAACGAGCCGCUUUUAUCCGGAUUCUCAAUCGACGCAGGAGGUUCCUGAAGCGGAUGCCCGCGAAGACUACUGGGCAUGGAAUGAUCAUUUGGACGAGGUCCCCAGUUCUCAGUCGUCGUUGAGUAUCCGACAAGCAAGGCAGAGGGUGUCAGCCUCCCCUUCGCUUCACCACAUCACGAUGCAAUCGUCUAUGCGAUCGUCUAGCCCGAUGAUGACUCGUGGCCAGACUCCUUUGAGAGAGACUAUGAUGAGGGAGCGGAAGGGUUCAAAGCCGCCCUAUAUCCGCACCACCUCAAUGCCCCCAUCAGUCCCUGCGAACUACUCACCAGCCUUCACUAAGCGGCGCGUGUCGUCAUUUGGGCAACGACAGCUGGCCGCUCAGAUCCGGACCAGUCCUCCGAACAUGGCGGCAGCGACAGCAUCAGCGAUGUCAAAUGCUUACAAACGCCGGCGGACUCGUUCGCCUAGUCGCCCUCGUAACACACCUCGCUGGACCAUCUCGCCCAGCCCUGCGCCCGGCUUCAUCCCCGCCGACGAGCGCCAUCAAACCGGUCGUGGAAUUACGCCAAUGUACUACGCUACCCCGUACAGCAACGCGCCGCUCACGGAGUCACGCCCACGUGUUUCCGGUGGUGUAGUGGAAGAUUCCAAUACGGAAGACGAUGUGCAAGAUGACGAAAACCUGGACCCGGAUUACGGGAGCACCAACCCUUAUGAUGAAGACGGCAGCGACUACAGUGUCGAGGUGACUCACAUGGUUACAGUGCGUGACGGUGACUCAUCGCACCCGCGGCAGCCUGAGGAUGAGCCUUGGCCUGGUAUUGAGGACCAAGACCAUAUGUCGGAUGGGGAGAACAUCGAUCCACUCUUCUCCCCUGCAGUGGGUGCCAACGACGACGCUCAAUCCGAUGUGAGCAGCCAGCCGUCUGAGUACCCCAGCACUCAGCGCGGCUGGCAGGUCCCCGGUGCCGAGGACGGCAUUGGUUUCCGUAUACACGAGGAUAACGACCGCAUGCAUGGUGGUUGGCACUAA